CCUUUCUUCUUUUCCAUUUUUCAUUUUAGAAAAAAAAAAAAAAUUAUCCUUCAUCUUUCUCUCUAUCUCCUAUCCUAUUUUUCAUCCUUCUUCAUUUUCCCUAUUGUUCUUGGAAAUAAUUUCAUCGUCGUCUCUGCUCCGUUUGGUGCCAACAUGCAGGCGAAUUCAGCGUCUGGGAUGGCGGUGCACGACGACUGCAAGCUCAAGUUCUUGGAGCUGAAAGCCAAGAGGAACCACCGGUUCAUCGUGUUCAAGAUCGACGAGAAGAUCCAGCAGGUGGCGGUGGAGAAGAUCGGAUCCCCGACCUCGACGUACCAGGAGUUCACCAACUCCCUCCCGGCCAACGAGUGCCGCUACGCCGUGUUCGACUUCGACUUCACCACCGACGAGAAUUGCCAGAAGUCCAAGAUCUUCUUCAUCGCCUGGGCGCCGGACACGUCCAGGGUGAGGAGCAAGAUGUUGUACGCCAGCUCCAAGGACAGGUUCAAGCGGGAGCUGGAUGGGAUCCAAGUGGAGUUGCAGGCCACCGAUCCCAGCGAGAUGAGCCUUGAUAUCGUCAAAGGUCGAGCCCUCUAAUAAUGGAAUUUAAGGGCUUUUCAACAACAAAGAAGAACAUGUCAAAUUAAUAUUAUAUAUAUAUAUAUGUAUACUUGCUCAAAUUAAAAUGUGGGUUUAACAGUGUUUGUGACUAGGUGAUCUCAUCACCUCCUUCUCAUCAUGGGUCCCUUAUUAUGUAGGGGGAAAAUAUAUAUAUUUGUUGUGUUUUGUUGUUCUUUUUAAGUUUGUUCGUGAGUGUUCAUGAUGUAUAUCAGUUAUCAAACCAAAUGGUUACGUUGUUCUUUUGUUAAUUUCCGC